CGUCCGGUGGCCACGUAUGGCUCCUUCCAACGGCGGUAACAGCGGCUAACGGGUCCUAUCCGUUAACCGACCUGACUUCAGCCAAGCGUUUAUUUUGUCUUUAACAAACGUGGUGGGCUUUUUUUUUUUCUUCUUCUUCGUUUGAAGCGCAAAGGACAAAGUUUUGUCUGAAUGUUUCCCGCUGGGACCGUGAAACCGGAGGAGGAGGCGGAGGCGGAGAAGGAGGGGGCUAACGGCUGAGGGCUCGUCCUGUCCAGUCAGAGUGUCUGAUCCGGGUUCCGUCUGGCCGUUCAGUCAGACGGUCGGCGGCUCCUUCGAGGCUGAAUUGACGGGAUUCACCGGGGGGAAACUUUUUCUCUUUUCUUCCCGCGGAUGAUUCAGUUAGGAACACAGAGAAGUUGGGAUUCAUUUAAAGUAGUUUUGACUUUGUUCGGACUGUUUUCUUUCUUCUCUCAGUGUCAAGACUUCAAACUCUGGAGGCAUCACUCUUCCUACGGACAUUUUUGAUUCACAUAGAACUUCUUGCAACUUUAUCACAGCAAGCGGUUCGGGCUUCUUGCACACACACAAAAAAAAUAUGGAUAAAUACGAGGAUUUGGGACUCGAAGCGAGUAAGUUUAUCGAGGACUUGAACAUGUAUGAAGCGUCCAGAGAUGGCUUGUUUCGAAUGCGGAGGGAUGCGGGAAAUAAUCCGGACUUUGAGGAAACUCGGAAGGUUUUUGCCUCCAAAAUGACCAAAAUACACAUGCAGAAGCAGCAGGAGGAGAUGGCAAAAAGCAGCCAGGUGAUUAAAAUGAACGGAGGUCAUUACACCAAGGACAGACCGCCCAUCAACAGCUACAAGCAGCCCGGGGAAGCGGCGGCGAAGCCCCCGAUCCUGUCGGGCCCGGUGCCGGUGACCCAGUGUGUUCAGGCUGAAGCUCCAGCCAGCAGGAUGUACGGCUACGGAAGCAGUUGUGAUAACAACGAGCGCUUGGAGCCACACUCCUCCCAUCAUAAUAACUCUUCCAUGCCAAGUUGUGGAAGUCCCGCUGCCAGUGCUCUGUUCCCUGUCCCCCCAUCCAGAGAGGGCAAGCUGCCCCCCACUCUCUCAGGGAGCAGCGCAUCCCACCAUCAGCCUCAGCGCCUGCACACAUCUUCCACCGUGAGUCCUUCACAAGCAACCAGUCAGAGUCCGCUGUCCUCUGCUGGGACAGCCAGGGCUUGGACUGGAGAGCCCACUGGUGCUCCAACAUCAGAGGGCAUCCCUGCUUUUCCUUUGACCGCCUUCACAGGUGAUGCUGACCAUCAUGUGCAGCAGCCUGUGAGUCAUUACUUGCAAUCUGUUAACCACAAUGGGCCUGCAGCCACUUCCUUUGUCCCAGAAAUGCCUCAACCUAAAGCCCAGGUGACCUCUGCAACCCCAUGUGCCUUGAAGAACCAGCUUUCGUCCUCCCCUAAACCGAUCCAGAUAUCGCCUACCGCUCAGCCUGCGCAGCCACUGGAGCAGGAGCCCUCUGCAGCUGAAAUCAAACUAGAGGCACUUACGAAACAACUGGAAAAAGAGAUGGAUGCCCAACCAAAAUCAGACUACUUUGGGCUUUGCGUGAAGUGUAACAAGGCGGUUUACAGAGCUAACCAGGCCUGCCAGGCUAUGGGUAGCCUCUACCACGACACCUGCUUCACCUGCAGUGCCUGCAGUCGAAAGCUAAGAGGGAAGGCUUUCUACUACGUCGGAGGGAAAGUUUUCUGUGAAGAGGACUUCCUGUACUCUGGUUUCCAGCAGUCUGCUGAUAAGUGUAACGCAUGUGGACAUCUGAUCAUGGACAUGAUCCUGCAGGCUCUGGGGAAGUCGUACCACCCCGGCUGUUUCCGCUGUAUGAUCUGCAACGAGAGCCUCGACGGAGUGCCCUUCACUGUGGACACGGAAAACAAGAUCUACUGUGUCAAGGACUACCACAGGGUCCUUGCUCCUAAAUGUGCAGCCUGUAACCAGCCGAUCCUGCCCUCAGAGGGCUCUGAUGAAACCAUCCGAGUCGUAUCCAUGGACAAAGACUACCAUGUAGAAUGCUACCACUGUGAGGACUGCAAGAUGGAGCUGAACGAUGAAGAGGGUCACCGCUGCUACCCGCUAAAUGGCCACCUCCUCUGCCACUCCUGCCACCUGAAGCACAUCAAGCCCUGCUGUCCCCCUGCAGUCCCUGCCUCCACAUACUGACAGGUCUGUGGGUGGAGGGCGACACCUGGUGGUUCUGAACAGGAACUACCAAGCUUGGCAGCAGCAGUGGAUGUGUUCGAUUCUUGUUGUAGAGAAUUGAUGGGUUUAUUAUGUCAUUCUCUUGACUUGUGCUGUGUGUUUGGAUGAGUUUAUUAAUGAAGUUAUUUUUAUGUAGGAGGAAAUGGUAAUCAAAUAUUGGUUACACCCAAGCUCUCCUUUGAAAGCAGAGACAUCUUGCAGACUUUGCAGAAGUGUUGCCAUUUAAUUAUUCUUUCAAGAGAGAUCAGCUGCUUUUUUUGUAAAUAUUUUCUGAUCUACUAAUUUUCUGUUUGGAAAUGCCUUCAAGUUCACAUUUGUGCCUCUAUAGCUUUCAUAGCGUCCAAUUUAAUUCAGGUACAAGAGUUCUCCUUUCACUGGUUUAUGAAUUCAGUCGAACAUUACUGACAAUUAAGAUUUUGAUCAGGAAUAAUCAUUUCUAUUAUCUGCCAUAAACUUCUUUAAUUUUUUUCAUUUUGUCUCUGCGUAGAUUUCUUUAUGCAUUUGUGUGGCAGGACAAAAGUUUAAAUUUUCUUGAUGUAAAUGUUGUGUAAGCCAAACGACUCCAACACACAACCACCUCACACCAGUGUUAAAUAAGGUCGUUAAUCUCCAGUCUCUUCUAUGGGCUUCUUAACUCACAUCAAUGCACAUUCUCUUCCUAAAUCUGAAAAAUGAAUCUCUAAAAUAUAGUUACAAAUAUCCUCUAUUUUUCUGUGUUUCAGUUGUAAAUGUUUUUCUUUGAUUUUUCUAUACAUUAGGUUGGCAGAACUUGGUAUUUAUUUUUUAAAGAUACAUAUAUUCUGGCCUGUUUUUCCUCAUUUAUUUUGAUACAAAGUAGCUUGAUUAUAUAAGACAGACAAAGAAUUUGUUGACCUUAUGCGCAGCCUACAGCCUAAUCCUACAUACGCGCUUGUUGGGUUUACAGAGUAAACGGUUUUGUCUUCAUAUAUUUUAUUGUUCAUAAUUUGACUUUACUAACUUAACACUUUUGUUGCUUGUCUUUUUAAAACUUCAUGUCUAAACCGGCUGUUGGACAAGAUGAAGAGCAAGAAGACUUUGUGUGAUUAUUGUAAAGAUAUUUAAUACAUUUUAAAAGACCUGC